AUGCGGCGAAAAAUUGUGGUCUCUUCAGAUGACGAUGAGCCAAUUAAAAGAGUACCAGUGAACGAUGAGGAAGACGAGGAUGCUCCGCUACUCGUGCAGAAACAGACCGUUAGAAUAACUACGCAUGCGCGAACUGGUCCGCCGACGGGACCCAAUUUGUUGGAGACGGAGCAAGUGGGAGCCCCUACUAAGGUCCAGGCCGCGGAGGUCCGGGAUGCGGCGGACCCGACAGUGCCGGACGACCCGAUGGUUGACGACCAGAUGGUGGACGACCAGAUGGUGGACGAGCGGAUGGUUGAAGAGAAAGGGGUGCGACGGCCGUCGGUCGAAGAUCAGGCUGCCAGUGACAGCGAAGAAGACACUCCGCUUGUUCAAGCAGGAAGGAAGCCGCGUGGACUCUCUCGGCCAGACGUCAACAUGUCUGACUCGGAUGACGACGACUUUUUGAUGCCGACGAAAGCAGCCCCGAUCGCACAGAAACGGGCCCCGCCCUCUCGACCGUCCGUGUCUCUGGAGUCUCUCAAGGUGCGCACCAGUAGCACUGGGAGCACAGCAGGCAGUCGUGCCGCGGCUCGACAGAAGGGAGGUGCGAGUCCUAAGACCUCAGCCAAGCGCAAAGCCUCCACGACCAAAUCGUCUACGACCAAAGCCUCUACAACCAAGGCGUCUACGACCAAAGCCUCCACAACCAAGGCGUCUGCGACGAAGACCACUGCGGCUAAGACCGCCACGACCAAAACCGAGAAAGCUAAGACUGAGAAAGCCAUGGAAAGCGGGGCCGAAGACAGUCUGGAAGACGAGGAGGAGGAGGUUUGCGUAUUCAAGGAGGGACAGGUGAAGGCCUGCCCGCCUAUGGGCGACGCACAACGCGCCUUUUACGAGUCCCUGCUAGCCGAGAAUCCCAGAUCCAUCAUUGCCAUCAAGUACUGCGUAGAACAAGGCGUCCUUAUGGGCACUCAGGCGAAAGAGACCCUCCGCAAGUACUACGCCUUAAAGGAUGUUGGCGCCUUCAGACCAAUUAACCUUGGUGGCCUCAAACCACAAUUCGCUUCCGUCUUCGAAUCCUAA